AAUGCGAGGGAUCCCCCACAUCUAUCACAGAACAUAGAGUAGUGGUCUCUUACUAUAUUUCCGGGCAUUUUAAAAAUUUCUUCAACGGUUUGAAAAUGAUUCUCUUGUCCUCUUCGGCACUGCUUGGACUUGCAGCGUUCCUCUUUCUUUUUUGGUUCGUUCGGCGUCCAAAAGAUCUUCCACCGGGGCCAUGGUCUCUGCCCCUAAUCGGGUACCGGUUCGGUUCGGGAUUGAUUCAUGAAACCUACGCCGAGUUGGCCAGGAAGUAUGGUCCGGUCUUCAGCAUCCGCCGAGGUCCUUUGCUCUUUGUGGUUCUGAAUGACAAGGAUAGCAUGGUACAAGCGCUUGUGAAGGCAGGGGAGUUCUUUUCGGAUCGUUUCAUACCCGGGCAUGUCAGAUGGGGCAUUCCGGAUGCUAAAAAGAAUGCUGCUAUUGCUUGGAGCCAAGGUAAACCAUGGGAUGACCAACGGAAAUUCUCGCUUCCUGCUCUGCGCUCAUUUGGCUUGGGAAAGAGGAGCCUCGUGCCACAGAUCAACCUUGAGGCUCGCUAUCUGGCCGAGGAAAUCAAGGCUUUUCGUGGUGAACCCAUGGAUCCUUCGACCAUCUUGAACAAAGCAACUGCAAACAUCAUAGUACAAUUGCUCUUCGGUCGUCGGUAUGAAUACGAUGAUUCUGAAUUCAUUGACGUUAUGAAGGCAAUGACGCGUGCCUUCGGUUUGGUCUCUGAUACUGACCCAGUCAAUAUCUUCGAACCACUCGUCCACUUGCCACGGUAUAAGCAGUACCGCGACAGCAUGAUCAAGCUAAGGGACUUUAUCGUCUCUCAUCUCUCCAGUCACCAAGAAACGCUCCAGGAAGACAACAUUCGCGACUUCUCCGAUGCAUUUCUGUCUCAUGGCAUCUCGAAAGACUACUCCAUUAACGAAUUCUCAAGAAUCACCCUAGACUUCUUUGCCGGAGGUACUGAAACAACAUCAGUGUUUGCUUCAUGGGCGAUGCUUUAUCUAGCUUCUUACACUGAUAUACAGACGAAGGUACAGAGAGAGCUCGAUGAAGUUGUCGGGCGUGGCCGACAGCCAACCAUCGACGACCGUCCAAAUCUUCCAUACUGCGACGCCACUGUGCUAGAGAUAAUGCGGAUCCGCCCCGUCCUUCCAAUCUCUCUGCCUCACAUGACGUCAGCAGAUGUCCCCCUUGGAGCUUACACGAUUCCUAAAGGAACCAUCAUUGUUCCUAACAUAUGGGCGGUCCAUCACGACCCGAAGGAGUGGCGUGAUCCUUCUGAAUUCAACCCGGACAGGUUCUUAAGUGCUGACGGUCAGAAAGUGGUGAAACACGAUGCCUGGAUGCCUUUCAGCGUUGGCCGUCGCGAUUGUCUGGGGCUUCAACUCGCCAAGAUGGAGAUGUUUUUGCUCUUCACCAAUCUCUUCCAGCAGUUUGAAUUCAGGUUUCCUCCAAACCAGCCAACCCAUAGUAUGCGAGGAAGGUUUGGGUUAUCCAUGACUCCAGAACCUUUCAAAGUUUGUGCCAUUGAACGCUAGGUUUUGAUGUUUUCACAAGCUAUAUAGAAACGAGAUAGAAAGGACCUUGAAAAAUAAAACAACUUGAAAUCAAACAUGGCCAUACUCAGUGAGAGGGGGAGGUUGAAAUAAAUAAAAAAUUACUGAAGAUUUUCACCAAAGUCGCCAAUUUCACUUUAAAAAAUACAAAUAUGGAAAGAAAAGCGCUCCCGUGAAAAGCUCAGUAGAUUUCCUCUCUCGCUUUCGAGUUUCUUCGAAACUUUGUUCGGAUCUUGCCCCUCCCCCAUCCCCACCAGGAUAAAAGAAAGAGUCUGAGUAUGGCAACGCAGUCGAUGUAGUCCUUUAAAUCAAUGUUCACAAGUACAAAUUAAGAGUUGACUCUUCUUGGCCUGUGUAUUACAAUAGAAGACUGAAAUCACUUUGCAAAAUUUUUAAUGGAUCUGCAUCCAUUGCAAAUUUAAUACUGCAAUCCAGCGGCGGAUCUAGGGGGGGGGGGGGGGCUAUCCCGCCCGCGAAAUUAUUUUUCCCACCGAGUUCUGGACCAACAUAAACAUAUGAAU